AUGACCGACACCGAAUCCCCAACGGGGGGCACCCUAACCCUCCAAAUCCACCACCGCAACGCCUCCCACUCCCUCACCCUCCCAACCACCAGCACCCUCACAGACCUAACAGAGCUAAUCUCCUCGACACUCCAAAUCCCCCCAACCCACCAAAAGCUCCUCAUAUCUCCCUCCCCCGGCAUGCUCAAACAUCCAUUCCCACCAACGCCCCUCCAGGACCUCCUCCCCCUCACCUCCCCCAAAUUCAAACUCACCCUGCUGGGCACACCCCCGCGCGACAUCGAGUCCCUCAACACGCACGGCACAGAACUCAAAGCCCGCGCUGAAGCCCGCGAUCGCGCACACCGUCUCUACGCCGCGAAACCCACCCCCAAAAUCCACACCCUCGCCAACAGCGCCAACGGCAGCGGCUCCUACACUUUCCACCGAUGCGUUCCGCUCCCGCAUCUCCCUAACCCUUCUAAAUCAUUGACGUUUCUUGAACGCCUCCGCGACGACCCCGGGAUUAAAUCCGCGAUGCAGAAACAUAAGUUCUCUGUGCCGCUGUUAACGGAGAUGGAUCCGGCUGAGCAUACGACGAGCGAGUCGAGAACAUUGGGUCUGAAUCGGAAUAAGGGCGAGGUGAUUGAGUUAAGGCUGAGGACGGAUGCGUAUGAUGGGUAUAGGGAUUAUCGCACGAUACGGAAGACGCUGUGUCAUGAGCUGGCGCAUUGUGUGUUUAGUGAACAUGAUCGUGAUUUCUGGGAUUUGACGUCCCAGAUUGAGAAGGAGGUUGAGAGGGGGGAUUGGACGAAGAGUGGGAGGACGGUGGGGGAUCAGGAGUUUUAUAAUCCGGGGGAUUGGGAGGGGGUUAGGGAGCAGGGUUUGGUGGUUGAUGAGAAGGGAUGGACUGGGGGGCAGUUUGUGCUUGGGGGUGGGGGUGGUGGUGAUGGGAGAGGAGAGAGUCGGAGGGAGGUUUUGGCGAAGGCGGCGGAGGAGAGGAUGAAGAGGGCGAGAGAGAGAGAAGGGGAGGGCAAGUCGUGA